UUAGUCUUUUAGAAAUUUCAUGAGAACAGAUCGAGGUUUACAGGAUGUCAGGAAUUGUUUUGGGUAUUUUGUUUGAGAUGAAGGGCCUUUUUCAGGUUUUUAGGCAUUAAGUGGAGGGCUUAUUCGGGUUUUAGUCUAGAUGAGAGGGUCAUCUUCGAUUGUAUCGCCUAGGUUCUUAGGUCAUUUGGUUGUGCCAUUUAGGGUUCACAGUUCUCGUUCUUGUUUUGGUUAUUUUAGUGCUAAUGGUCAGUGGGCAAGUGAGGUUCCCGUUCUUCUUCUCUCUUUGUCUCUUUGUUUUUCCCGUUUCUUUUUUCUAUUUCUCUCUUCAUUCUUUUUCCCUUUCUCUUUCUCUCUUUUGUUCUUCUCUUCAGUCGGGGUGGCUUAUAGGUUUUCGGUUCUCCAUCUGUUUGAAUGCUUCCAAAAUUAUCUAUACCCUGAAAUCAUGAAUUUUUUUUUCCAAAGGCGCUUGAAAUCAAGGAAUUGAAAGAAUUGAAGUCAAACUUAAAAAACGACACCCUUAUCAUUUUGACAAUGUGCGGGGAAAGCUUCACAUUACUCAGUUGAAAUUGGCUGCCCCCAUUUGAGCACCACAGAUCUCAACCUUAGUCGAAGCAGCUUGUAAAGCAAAUUCCCACUAUGGACUGGACGUGGACAACUCUUGCAGUCGCUGUACUGAUCUUUUUCUUUCAAUCACUGGUCCGGAAAAGUAGUGUCAAAAAUAAGAGAUUACCUCCUGGUCCGAGAGGUCUUCCUAUCCUGGGAAACCUUUUCAUGAUGGGGGACAAACCUCACCGAGAUCUUCAACAGUUAGCCCAAAAAUAUGGCCCCAUUAUGCACUUGCGCUUUGGCUCCAUGCCUGUAAUUUUUGUCUCAGCCCCUGAAGCUGCCGAGCAGUUCCUCAAGACAUACGACCUUGUUUUUGCUAGCAGGCCUCCUCAUGAAGGUUCCAAGUAUAUUUGUUACAAUCAGCAGAACAUAUCCUUCUCUCCCUACGGGUCGUACUGGCGCAACAUGCGUAAGAUGUGCACUCUGGAGUUGCUUAGUAACCUUAAAGUUAACUCUUUCAGGUCCAUGAGAAAGGAGGAGCUACAUCUUUUCAUUGACCGUAUUCAAGAGGCUGCUUCUGCUCGUACUGCUGUUGAUCUUACUGCUAAGGUCUCAUCUCUUAGUACUGACAUUUCUUGCAGAAUGGUGCUUGGAAAGAAAUACAAUAAUGAUGAUUUCGAUGAGAAGGGCUUCGAAGCUAUAAUUCGAGAGGGUAUGCAAAUUGGAGCGGCUUUUAAUAUAGCUGAUUACAUUCCUCUAUUUAAAGCACUAGAUCUUCAGGGGCUAAAAAAGCGCAUGAAAGCUGUUGCCAAGGUUUUUGACGACUUCUUUGAGAAGGUCAUUGAUGAGCAUGUUCAAUCCAAAGAUGAAAACAGAACCAAGGACUUCGUUGAUGUCAUGUUGGGAUUCAUGGGAUCAGAAGAAAGUGAGUACCGCGUGGAGCGAGACACUAUCAAAGCAAUAAUCCUGGACAUGCUUGUAGCUUCAAUGGACACUUCAGCAACUGCGAUUGAGUGGACACUAUCCGAACUCAUCAAGCAUCCACGGGUGAUAAAGAAAGUCCAAAAAGAAUUAGAAAAUGUGGUAGGCAUGGAGAGGCUGGUGGAAGAAUCAGACUUAGAGAAACUGGAGUACUUAGAGAUGGUUGUGAAAGAAAGCUUUAGGCUCCAUCCAGUGGCACCAUUGCUGGUCCCGCACGCGUCUGUGGAAGACUGCACAGUUAAUGGCUUUCACAUACCCAAGAAUUCACGCGUCUUCAUAAACGCAUGGGCCAUUGGGCGGGACCCAAAUGUUUGGACUGAUGCAGAGAAAUUCAUUCCAGAGAGAUUUGUUGGAAGUGACAUUGAUCUGCGCGGACGCGACUUCCAGCUAAUCCCAUUUGGCUCUGGUCGCAGAGGGUGCCCUGGAAUGCCACUGGCUCUCACCAUGGUUCGGCUUGUUGUGGCACAGUUGGUUCAUUGCUUCGAUUGGGAGCUUCCAGAUGGUAUGUUGGCAACUGAAUUGGACAUGACUGAGGAAUUCGGACUAGUUAGUCCAAGAGCCAAGCAUCUCUUGGCUAUACCAACCUGGCGCCUAAAAAUAGAGAAAAGGGCUGUUUAAUUUCUACAAAUAAUAUAUUUCCCGAGUAUGUUUGUUGCUUUCUCUAGUAAUGUCUCAAUUUACAUGCAAGUUUUUGUGAAUUUGUCACAUCUCACAUGGUUAACAAAUAAGAUCUGGAUUUACCUUUUUGUUUUGGAUAUA